UCCCUCUCUACUCAGAGCUAAUGAUGAAAUCAGAAUUCAGAAGCAUUACAAAUUUGUGAAACACAUCGAGUUUAGUGCAAUUCUUUGUUUUUGACACGCAACCAUAUUUGGUUUCUGCGUAAAUAUUUUGCUGCCAGUUUUUAGCUAGCUGCUGGGCAUUCUGCAAAUAUUGUCCACUGACCCAUUCCCAGACCCAUUUAUCUCUGUUCGACUGUUGCAUUUCACCAGCCAGCUAGUCCCACAUGGUUGAGCUUGGAAUUGGAAGGUCUGCUAGUGGUACAAUGGAGAACACCAAUGGCAAUAGCAAUGGAAAAGCGUCUCAACUGAAUCUGAAUGUGAAGCAGGGAGAGCCGACUCUGGUUCCUCCCUCAGAGGAAACAGACAAGGGUCUCUACUUCCUCUCUAACCUUGACCAGAACAUUGCAGUCGUUGUCCGCACUAUAUACUGCUUCAAGUCUGAUGAAAGAGGGAAUGAGAAUGCGGCACAAGUGAUCAAGGAUGCUUUGAGGAAGGUUCUUGUUCACUACUACCCCCUCGCUGGAAGGCUCACAAUCAGCGCUGAGGGCAAGCUGAUCGUCGACUGCACCGCCCAAGGAGCUGUCUUUGUUGAGGCUGAAGCAAAUUGCAAAAUGGAUGAGAUUGGAGACAUUACAAAACCAGACCCUGACACUCUUGGAAAGUUGGUCUAUGACAUUCCAGGGGCAAAAAACAUACUAGAGAUCCCACCUUUAGUGGCUCAGGUGACGAAAUUCCAGUGUGGAGGGUUUGUUCUUGGGCUGUGUAUGAACCAUUGUAUGUUUGAUGGGAUAGGAGCUAUGGAAUUUGUGAAUUCCUGGGGUCAAACAGCCAGGGGUUUGCCACUGGCUAUUCCUCCAUUCACAGACAGAACCAUCCUCCAGGCCCGAGACCCUCCAAAGAUAGAGUACCUGCAUCAGGAAUUUGCUGAGAUUCAAGACAAGUCUAGUACUGGUGAUCUCUACAAGGAUGAGAUGCUCUACAGAUCAUUCUGUUUUGACGCAGGGAGGGUUGAGAAACUGAAGAAAAUGGCCUUGGAAGAUGGGUUUCUUGACAAAUGCACUACUUUUGAAGCUCUUUCAGCAUUUGUGUGGAGGGCUAGGACCAAGGCGCUCAACAUGCUGCCUGAUCAACAAACAAAGCUCCUCUUUGCUGUUGAUGGGAGGCCUAAAUUUAGCCCUCCAUUACCAACAGGUUACUUUGGCAAUGGAAUUGUGCUGACCAAUUCUACAUGCCAAGCGGGGGAUUUACUGGAGAAACCAUUUUCCUACGGCGUGGGGCUAAUUCAGGAUGCUAUUAAGAUGGUUACAGACAGUUACAUGAGAUCAGCUAUAGAUUAUUUUCAACUAACAAGAGCUAGGCCUUCCUUGUCUUCUACACUGCUCAUCACUACUUGGUCUAGGCUAUCUUUCCACACUACGGAUUUCGGGUGGGGAGACCCUGUUCUAUCGGGGCCAGUUGGAUUACCGGAGAAGGAGGUGAUCUUGUUCCUAUCUCAUGGCAAGGAGAGGAAAAGCAUAAAUGUGCUUCUGGGUUUACCAGUUUCAGCCAUGAAGACCUUCCAGGAACUAAUGCAGGUCUAGAGAAAAUGGGAUCCUUUUUAUUUGUCUGUCAUAUUUAUUUCACUGUGCUAGUUCAGUUGUUUGUCUCUCUUGGAAUAUUAUUAUGUUGAUAAGCUUAACAGAAGGAAACCAGGCAUGCGUGAUCAGGUACACCAUGGAGAUGGCUAGAUGGGGGUAGAGGGAAGAAAAUUCAGUUCAGAGCGGUGUGUGUUGGGCCCUAUAUUCUUUGUUUUUCUCUGGAGAUUUCUGUUGGGAUUGAAUUAGUACUACCAGAACUUGUCUAUUGUUGAUUUAUGUUCUCUUUCAUUCAAAAGAAUGGGAUGUAUGCCCUUGCAUUCUUCUACAAACUAAAAGCUACCCAAGGCCAUGGUGGUUGAGGAGAAAACACACAUCCUUGGCCAUAAUUAAUUUCCUCUUGAUUU